AGACUGUAGAUCCUUCAGGCUUCAUCUUGAAAACGCGGUAAAAUUCUCUUGUAGAGGAUUGCGGAUUUGCGGUGCGGCCAUAAAGACUGACAUUGGGAGAGCGUGGGAGAAAAGAGCAACGAGGGAAGAAAGCAGCAAGCAGGAUGCCGAAAUUCGAUCCGUGGCCCGUAUUUUUCAGGCGCGAAUGGAACCGGAACUGGCCGUUCUUGGUCGGAUUCGCCAUCACUGGCACCAUCCUCACCAAGUUUUCUCUUGGACUCACCGAGGAGGAUGCGAAGAACUCUCCUUUCGUGCAGAGGCACAAGAGGUGAACUUUUGACUUCUUGAUGUAGUUGCUAGCAGCACACUUGGUUUCUUUCCAUGGCAAGGGGGAGGGUAAGCUGUUUUGCUCUUUUAUUUUUUAUUUUUUUGGGUUUCCUGAAACAAACAGACGAGCAGACAGAUGAUUUAAAAGCAUUGUUUUAUCUUGUCUUUGGAUUUCUGUUAGACUGUACUUUAUAUUUGAAUUAAAUAAAAGGAAAACCUUGAUUGAUUGGUUGAAACA